CACACCGAUCGGGGCAGUGAAUUCCUUUCAAAAUAGAAUUAAAUUCUGAUCGAAUAUACAUGGCCAUGGAGGAUCUGAUGAAGAUGUGCCGCGUGUGCAUGGGCGAGGCGGAGGAACUGGUGGACAUAUACGACAACAAGAGCUUGGGGGACAGCUUGUCCGCCGAACUUAAGCAGGCCAAGGAACCGGAACCCACGCCCGCUGAUCUGUUGAAACAGUGCUGCCCGUUUCCGAUUUCUUCGGACGACGGUUUUCCCAUGAAGGUCUGCGAACCAUGCCUAAGGAAGAUGCGGAGUGCUCAGCGAUUCAGAAGGCGGUACGCAAGGAACAUCGGUUACCUGGAACGCGUGAAGGAGGAGGAAAAAGACCGGGAGACGUUGGAUAUCCUAGAGGCCGAGGACUGGUGUCUGGUGGAUCGCGUCAAGAGCGAACCCGAAGAGGAGGAUGAGAACGAAGAUUACCUGGAGCCAAAAAAGAAGAAACCCAAGUUGCAAGACGAAAAGCCGAGACCCUUUAAAUGUCCUGAUUGCCCCAAAAGUUUUACCGGCAAGGCCCAGUUAACCAUGCACAGUCGCACCCAUACAAAAGGAUCCCAGAAUAAUGCCACUCGUCCCAAACGACGAUCUCUUAAAUAGAAUUCCUCCGACUGUCGAUCGCGAGACCAUCUUAUUUACCGCGUUUACUAAUACAUCUAUGGAACAGAAUCUAAACCAAAAGUAUAUCGAGAAGAAGAAUACCAAGUAUAUUUGUUAAUAUCUAAGUCUAAGGACGACAAAUAAAAGUCCAUUCCAGGAUAAAUUUAAGUAGGUUACUAAUAACUGUACUUCUUAUGAUUUGCUUUUCAAAUAAAUACGUUUUGUUUAACCAA